AUGGAACUAAGGAAUGACACACGUUUUUCAGAAUUUCUUCUUCUGGGAUUUUCAGAGGAACCAGAACUGCAGCCCCUCAUAUUUGGGCUUUUCCUCUCCAUGUACCUGAUCACCGUGUGUGGUAACCUGCUCAUCAUCCUGGCCACCAUCUCAGACUCCCACCUCCACACCCCCAUGUACUUCUUCCUCUCCAACCUGUCCUUUGUGGACAUCUGUUUCUCCUCCACCACCAUCCCAAAGAUGCUGUGGAACAUCCAGACACAGAGCAGAGUCAUAACCCACGCAGGCUGCGUCCUCCAGAUGUAUCUUUUUGUACUCUUUGCAGGUUUGGAGGACUGUCUUCUGACCGUGAUGGCCUAUGACCGCUUUGUGGCCAUCUGCCACCCCCUGCACUACACGGUCCUCAUGAACCCCCGCCUCUGUGGACUGCUGAUUCUGGUGUCCUGGAUCAUAAGCGCCCUACAUUCCUUGUUACAAAGCUUAAUGAUUUUGCGACUACCCGUCUAUAGAGUGGAAAUCCCCCACUUUUUCUGUGAACUCAAACAGAUGGUCCAACUUGCCUGUUGUGACAACUUUGUUAAUUACGCAGUGAUGUAUUUUGGAGCUGGGCUGCUGGGUGGGGGUUCCUUGGCUGGUGUCCUUUACUCUUACUCUAAGAUAGUUUCCUCAAUACGAAGAAUCUCAUCAGCUCAGGGGAAGUAUAAAGCACUUUCCACCUGUGCAUCUCACCUCUCAGGUGUCUCCCUAUAUUAUUGUACAGGUCUUGGAGUGUACCUCAGCUCUGCUGGUACCCACAGCUCACACUCAAGUGGAACAGCCUCAGUGAUGUACGCUGUGGCCACACCCAUGCUGAACCCCUUCAUCUACAGCCUGAGAAAUAAGGACAUCAAGAGGGCUCUGAAAAGACUCUUUGGGACUAAGCUAUAA